UAUAAAUAUGAGCUAAAAUCUUUAAUUAUUUACUUCUUCAAUAUGUACCAUAUGAAGGUAUUACUUCUCAUCACUGUUGUUGCCUAUGCAGGGAGCACCCCUACGAUUGUACAGCCUGGUAGGAUUCUUCGUGAACUAGCUGAUGAACAGGAUCAACUACUAUCUGGGAAAAUCGUAAAUGGUCAGAAUGCUCAAAUAACAGAAUUUCCGUGGCAAAUUUCUUUACAACAAGGUAUCUUUGGACUUAUUUGGAGUCAUAUUUGUGGCGGAAACAUAAUAGAUGGAAAAUGGAUCCUUACUGCCGCACAUUGUGUGGAUGGUCAGACUGCAGGCAAUCUUAGAAUCAGAGCUGGUGCCAAUGCCCAUGCGCAAGCUACACAGACUAUCUCAGUCAGCAGAAUAAUUAUGCAUCCUCAGUAUUCUGCAGUUGGAGCAGAUGGUUAUCCAAAUGACAUUGCCCUAUUGGAGCUAACUUCAGCGCUGACUUUGACCAAUGGUGGUUCAGUUAAUAAAAUUGCUAUGGCAGAUGCUGGAGAAAAUUUUGACUUCAAAAGUUGCAACAUUUCUGGCUGGGGUCUUACAAGCGGAGGUGGCAGUUCACCAACAAAUCUGCUCUACGUAACGAUGCAAGUUAUAACAAACAGUGAAUGUAGGACAAGAUGGCAAUCGGUAACUUCAACCAUUCGUGAUGAUCACAUUUGCAUUUUUGAAGAAACAAAAUCAGCAUGCAACGGUGAUAGUGGAGGCCCGAUGUCGUGCCUAGAUGACACAAGGACCCAUAAGCUGGCGGGUUUAACAUCAUGGGGUGCUAGUAGCUGUGACGGAACAUAUCCAAGCGUUUAUACUAGAAUUUCCUCUUUUAGAUCAUGGGUGUCAGGGCAAUGUAAUUGUUUGUAAACUUGCUGAUGGUUUUACAUUAAAACACA